CCAAGCAAUACAAUCUGUGCCAAUCCCUCUACCUUCUCCUCUGGACUCGACAAUGAGUGAUCGGAAGGAGAAGAAUGGCUGGUUGUCUGUGACUGUUCCUGAAUUUGGAGGAUGGGAUAAAAAGGCCCCAGUUUCUCCCAACUAUUCAGUGGUAUUUUCUCAAGCUCGAGCUAAUAGAAAGCAUCUGAAGACAGACUUGAGUGACUUGAGAUCAAACCUUGAAAAUGAAAGAGAGCUCAUUAAUGCUAAUCAUCAUCAUCAUCAUCAUCAGGAUGAUCCGGUUAUGAGGAAAAAGAAGAUUCUGACCUACAUCAAUUGCUGCAUUAGGCCUUGAUUUCUAAGAACACAAGCCUUUCAAUCUUGUACCAUCAAACUAAAUUUUGGGUUCUGGCCUAUAAAUUUAUAGAUGGCACCAGUUCUAAUUUAUAUUUUUCUUCAAAAAAAUCUGUAAGUGUGCUAUAUAUGUUAUAUGCUAUGUAAUCUAAGUGUGCUACAUAAGCCAGAUUCCCAUGCUUAUAGUUCUUCAGAUUUGGCAAAAUAAAGAAAUGAAAUCAGAAUAUAAGAAAAUUA